UCGAUAAGGAAUACGACUGCGAAAUGGACAAGAAGCGAACAUUAUUAUUGUUCAGUAUCGUUGCACUGAUUUUGUGUAACAUUGUAGAAGCCGAUGAAACGGAACCGCAAGUGCUGAAGGAGGAACCCGGUGCAGUGCAGCUUUUGGAGGCCGGAGAAACUGCCCAGGCUGAUUAUACGGAUGGGAACGUUAGGAAAGUGCGCCAGUACUUUGGACCACCGCCUUUUGGACCUCCACCACCACCACCCUUCUUUGGACCACCGCCACCCCCAUACUAUGGCGGUGGUUUUGGCGGCGGUUUCGGUGGUGGCUUCCAGAGAACUCGAGUGGUCACACGCACUCGGUACCGUGGACGCGGCGGUUACUACGGCGGUGGCUUCUAUGGUUAAUCAGUGAAGACUUGGACAUGGAUUUGAAUGUGCCGACUUUGUGAUACUUCUUUUGUACAGCUGCCCCAUCGGGUGCAAUAAAACUAUUUACGUUAUACA